AUGCCGGGCGGACCUGUGAUCGAUGAGGAGGGCCUAGCUGUACAGUCCACUGGCGAACCGGUCAAGAAAAGUUAUCAAGAAGUCCAUGGCAAAGUUCCAGGAGGUCCUGUCAGAGACAGCAAAGGCUUAGCGGUUCAGUCGACGGGUGCACCUGCCAAGAAGAAGAGCUACCAAGAGGUCAACGGCCCAGUUCCCACAGGGCCAGUCAUCGACAGCAAGGGGCUGGCGUGCCAAGUUUCCGGGGCACCCACCAAGAAGAAGACGUACGAAGAGGUGCACGGCAAGAUGCCGGAUGGCCCCGUCAUUGAUGAAGAGGGCCUGGCUGUGCAGUCCACAGGCGGCCCUCCCGAGUAG